AUGAACAAGAACGAUAAAUUGCAAAUAUUGAAAAAUGCUAUAAAAAGUUAUCCUGAUUUUCCCGAACCUGGGAUUAUUUUCCGAGAUAUAUUUGGAGUGUUUAAUAACAUCGUAGCAUUACGAGCAAUGAAAGAUUUAAUUAUGGAGCAUAUUUUAUUCCUUGAAGUAGAUUUAGUUGUUGGAUUGGAUUCACGUGGUUUUCUCUUUGGACCUAUAAUUUCCAUGGAAUUGGGCAAGCCCUUUCUACCCAUUAGAAAAAAGGGUAAACUUCCAGGCAAAGUUACUCAACAGAAAUAUACAUUAGAAUAUGGAGAAGCUACAUUUGAAUUACAAUCAGAAUUCAUUAAUAAAGGAACCAGAGUGCUAAUUGUUGAUGAUUUAUUGGCAACUGGAGGUACUAUGACUGCAGCAGUGCAAUUAAUAAAAUCAACAGGUGCUAAUGUAAUAGAAUGUUUAGUGAUAAUGGAAUUGACUUUGCUGAAAGGUCGAGAUAAGGUCGGUGUUCCUGUUCAUUCUUUCAUUAAAUAUGAUCAUUAGCAGACAAUUAUGCGUGUGCGCGCGAGUGCGUACUCUUGCCAUGUUCAAAUAGUUGCUAUGCAUAAUAUGCAGACACACACGCGAGCACAUGCACACACAAAAUAUAUACAUAUAAUGUAUAUAUAUAUAUAUAUAUAUAUCGAUGCAUAUAGAUUUUUAU